AUGCUACAACUCAAAAAUGAGACACUGGACAUAACAGAAAUAAAAAGAGUCUACAGAAUCCAGGUUGAGAGAGAGGCCUUUCUGACAAAUCCCACUGACAUCUUCACCAACCACACCAACACCUUCAUCAUCAACCACACCAACACCAUGGACCUCAAUGAUACCAUCACCAUGGAGGAAGGCCAGACACUCAUUCUAAAUUGUGUAGUUUCUCAGGCAAAGACCUCUUUUCUUCAGUGGCUGGCCCCCUCAGGGUUUACCAUUUUUUUAAAUGGCCAUCCUGCUUUAAAAAAUACCAAAUACCAACUUCUUCAUCAUUCCACCAAUCAGCUCUCCAUCAGCGUGCCUAAUAUAACUCUGCAAGAUGAAGGCAUAUACAAGUGUUUGCAUUACAGCCACACCUCCGUGAGAACAAAGGAAGUGAAAGUGAUUGUGCUAGUGACUCCUUUCAAGGCAAGCCUGGAAGUUUCAACACUGACAGCGCAAAAUGACGAACACCACGUCGUACUUACAUGCUACACCAUAAGAAGUAGGCCCCCUCCGCAGAUAACCUGGCGACUGGGAAACGCCAUAGAGGUCUACAGUGAAACUCACCAUAAACUUGAAACUGAUGGGAAGAAAUGUAAUACGACAAGCACACUCAGAGUGCGUACAUACAGCAAAAACUCAACAGUGGACUGCAUUAUCCAACACAAAGGCCUGGGAGAGAGAAAAUUGGUAGUACCCUUCCGGUUUGAAGAUUUGGUUACCAAUGAAGAGAGAGUUUCAGAUGCUCGGGAGGAAAGCUCUCCAUCCUCUCAAGGCCCUCAGCAGCCCGCUGGUACUGUCACAGUAAUAGAAGAGUUCAGCACAUCAGAGAGUGACAAGAAAGAGGAAGAACAAGCCUCUCAAGGCCCUGACUUGACCAAUGAAGCUAAUCCCACAUCCCUAAGAUUGAUGAGCAAGAAAAGUGGCAUACUGUUGCUCAUUCUUGUGUCCUUCCUCAUUUUCAUACUCUUCAUCAUUGUCCAGCUCUUCAUAAUGAAGCUGCGGAAAGCACACAUGAUAUGGAAAAAAGAAAAUGAAAUUUCAGAUCACACACUGGAAAGUUACAGAUCCAGAUCAAAUAAUGAAGAAACAUCAUCCCAAGAGAAAAAUGGCCAAACUUCCCACCCUAAGAGCUGCAUGAAUUACAUCACACAGUUAUACAGAGAAGCAAAAACGAAGAGGAAAGAAAAUGCACAACAUGUACCAUUAAAAGGCACACACAUCCAUAUACCAGAGAAUGUUGUGUAG